GACAAAUCAGGUAAAAGCCUGAUGUUGCUGACAUACAACUGUCCGAAUACGUGCGUGUAUUAAGAAAAUAUUCUGACUCAAGUGGACACCUAUCAUGCAUUACUUAAUGCAUCAUAUAUGAAGUAGUGGCCUUGAUCAACUACUGGAAGAGGAGAGCUUACAGUUUAAAAAUCAGAGGUAAACUGCGAAGACGUAUCAACAACGUUUUUAAAUUUUGAACAACCUGUUUUCAGCAUUGUAUUUCAAGCAUGGGCAAAGAACAUGAAAUUUUCCAUGGUAAAGUACACCGAACUUUAAAUCUUGGUCAAGCUGGUGCCAUUUUGGCCUGUGGUUUGUCAAACGAUGAUAAAUUGGCUGCCAGUUGCUCCACAAACAAGAAAGUUUUAUUGUGGGAUGUUGAAUCUGGUCGUUGCACGGGAUCUCUUGAUGGCCACAAAGCUGAUGUGUCAGCUUGCUCGUUUAGUGCUAAUCUCCUAGCAACGGGAUCACUUGAUGGAAUGAUAUUUUUGUGGAAGUUCAAAGAAGGGAAAAGAACAUCAAGAAUAAAUGUACACGCUGGUGCUAUCCACGCAUGCGUCAUAUCACCAGACGGUCGAUUUCUUGCAUCUGCAUCAGAAGAUAAAACAGCAAGGGUUUAUACAAUUCGUGGUGGUGAUGGAGAGUUCAUCCAAGGACCUCAAUGUAAAGAAUUACUUGGUCACACAGACGGAAUAAACGACAUUAGUUUUUCUUAUGAUAGUUGUGCUAUUGUUACAGCAUCCACGGAUGGAAGUAUAAAAAUUUGGGAUACUGAGACAGGAGAAUGUCUGGUGAUGUUAUCUGAAGAAGGGCAAAAAGUAAUAGAUGCUCGUUUCUCAUCUGAUGGCAGAUAUAUUGUAACCAUGACAAACAACUUCAUUUCAGUUUGGAAUAUCUCCAAAAAGAAAAAAAUAUGGAGUAUCGAGGAAGAUAAAGGACUGCAAUCACUUUCAUGCCAUCCGAGUGAAAAUAUAUUCAUUGUUGUCUCCAUGGAUGGAACGAUAGCUGGUUAUGACAUAACAAAUAAAACCGGGAUAUUUAAAAAAGGCAGUGACCAUACAGGACCUGUUUUAGCAUGCGAAUUCUCACAAUCUGGAAAUAUGGCAGUAACAGGAGGAGUUGAUGGAAAAGUUUUAGUUUGGCAGUAACUUCCAAUUUUAGAAGUGCGUUUGAAGUUCAACUGACUAAUAUAAGUUUCUUGUCAUUUGUUACGGUUUUAAAAUAUUGCAUGGCGUAUCAUGGUAGAUGUAUGUGAAACUAAGCUCAAUGCUACCACGCAAGUUAAUCAAAAUCAAACAACAACUGAUUACAAGCUUGGUUGAUAAUUUUAUUGUGAUGGUACAGUAAAAUGUAACAUAUUUUAACGAAUAGAAAAAGAAAAUAGGAGAUAUCCGCGAAUGACGUCAACUAUUAAGAAAGAAGGGGGUUAUACUAAAGUUAAAGCUGGUUGACAGGGUAAGGUGAGAGGGGGGGGGGGGACGUGACACUACUGUUGAUGUCAACUUUCUUAUGAUAUGACGUCAAUUCAAUGUUUUACCUGGAAUGAAUUUGUGUUAAGACAUUCUACAACUAAAACAAGUUUUAUCACUAAUCAACUAAGUAAUUUUAGGUCUGUUUGUUUGUAACGUUAUAAAUACAUACGAAAUUCUAAAGCCGCAAAUAACAAAUGCGAUAUAGUUUUAUCUACUUUGCUAGGACGAAAAAAAACUUCCGUGGCUUUUUUAAGGCUAGCAAUUAGACUAUUAGUCUACUGGUCUGUAAGCCAAUUUAAAAUGGGGUUAUUAUACUCGCACUUAUAAUCACUGUAAUAACCCCCUUUAAGUAAUUUUUUUUACUCAAUGUGACCAGGCGGACAAGCACGAUGGGCAAUCUUGUCCCUAGAGUUGUCAAACCAACCAAACAGUACGGCUAUUACUACACACAGCUUGGUCUGAUGGGAAAAUAUAGGAAUCAAAAGCAAUAAAAUGCAGUUACUUAAUAACCACAAUAUUUAAGCAAGGCACAUCAAUGCAUGAUUAAACUUCAGAAACAUUCCUGGGUAGAAAUAAAUAAAUAUUGAGUAGCGGGCUGUAUUGGACCAAAUACUAGUUUAGGGUACAUUUGCUGGAGAUUAAUUUGUCGUCUAUAUAGACCGUUAAUAAAAGACAACCCUACUUUUUAUUAGAUUAGAAAUUUCAUUAAAAACACAAUAAAAGCGCUACCUUUUAUCUAUUUCGUGUAUUUUUUUUUUGCCUUUAAGUCGAAGUAAUGAAAUUUAAGCAGACGGGGGUUACUACUAUGAUUAUAGGUGCCAGUUUUUGAUUACAAAACCUCCGUAUUAAAUAAUUGAAUUGCAGACUAGUAGACUAGUUGUUAGCCGUCAUAGCAAAGUAGCUGCGAUUAGAAUGGCGUUUUUUAUGAAAAAAAAUCUUUAUUUUAAAUCGGCUAACAAACAGACAGUGAGUAAUAUAGAUACGACUUAAAGACGCUUAAUAAGACUUUUGAUUGGGUAAUAAUAAUAAAUAUUGUAUUCACACACACGCACUUGUAAUUGUCAACGACAAUUAUUUUACUCAAGAAGAUAAUCAAACAACAUAAUGCAAUUUGUGUUUUUUGACUUGAUUGCAGCAUUUCUUUUUUUGCAUCAUGCAACAGGUAAUUCAGUAUUUUCGUUUUCACUUUGAGGUAAUAAAGGUUAGUAUCUGUUUAAGGUGGCAGUUACCCUUUUUCAGCUGUCCUCAGUGGUUCAUUUAUGCCAUUUUUUUACUAUUUCCGAAAAAUAUAGGCCUUAAUACAUAAUAAAAU